AUGCCUUGCUUCAAAGGGCUGGCAGUUAGCAUCCAUACCCCGGACGGCCCAAUACCAGAGUUCUCCGUACAGCGUCAAUCUCGCCAGUCCCGGAUCGCUUGCUACAUCCCCGUUCCAGCACCGAAAAUCACAGAAGAAGGAAAAGCUCAAGCGUCUACUUUUGCCGUCUCCAUCACUCUCCUGAAUGCCGGACAGAGUGUUCCGUAUUCCACACCCAAACCAACGCCCGAAAACCCGAACCCUAAACCCCAACUGGUCGGCAUCAGUGAGACUGAUGAGAAGGGGCAUAUGCAAUGGAUCGGCCCUUAUAUUCCAUUGACAGGGUCCUCGAAUGAGACGGUGGCCGCUUACAUCUACUUUGAUGGACGACAGAAAGAGGAGGUAGCUACAUUAUUACGUCGGGGUGAAGAGACAUGGGUCAAUUCCCGAUGGGUCAGUGUCCCCGAAUCAGAAGGUGGAGGACUCGCUGAACGAGAAUUUUUGUUCCGAGAGGUCGGACUUGAGAGAUGGCUAAACGGAUUAGAUCUGGAAGGCAAAGAUGCCGCAGCCAAGAUUGAACGCCGUCGACAGAAAAUGGAGAAGCGGAGAUUGCAGCGUGAAGCCCAAGAAAGUGGCGAUAUGGAGAUGGACGCUGAAUCUUUUAGACGGGAUAAGGGGAUUAUGCGAUAUGGCAAUGAUUCCAAAGCUCCUCUUGAAACUCUGUCGGAUGAAGAAUUGUCGUCCGACUCAGAUGAUGAUCCAAUUCCGGAGUCAGCUGGCCAGAUCAAGGUUGCGCUAUUCCGAGUUCUGGCGUCUGGAGAAAUUAGACGUGGAGAGUACUCACCGCAGUUUGAUGCUCAUGAUGAUGACGAGGAUGCGGCAGCACAGGGGGCUGAUGGGAAUGCGGAUGUUGAUCAUACAACCAGCUUUGCGAAGCCGAAGACGCUUGAUCCGACGACUAUCAGUACGCAGACUGUUACUGGUAUUGAUCCUACUGAUAAGCCGUAUGCUGUGUUUACGUUUAUGUAUCGUGGUGAACGUCAACUACAAAAAAUGGGUAUCCUAAAAACGAAACCAGCCGAAGAGUCCACGGCAAAGAGGAAAUCAACAGACUUCUCUAAGCUUGGACCACUCAAACCUGGUGGUGCCGUUGGAUUCAUGAAUUAUCGCGAAGGCGACAAUGCUAGUUCUUCAAAAACACGGAAGAAGUCAAAGGGCGGCGAGAGUGACAUGGAUAGCGAUGACGACGAGGAUGAAAAAGAUCCUGUUACUGAAAAGGCUGAUGAAGAUGAGGAUAAAGAUACUACCCAUCUUUCUCCGGAUGACCUGCGUAGACAGGGAGAUUUGGCCGAAGGCGUUAGGAAGAUUAAGGUCUGUUGGUUCCACGCAAUGUAUGCGCAGCUUGAUACUGAUGUAUAUUAUAGUUGAAACGUCAACAUUCAAUGGAUCCCAUGGGCGACAGCACCUCUAACGCCAACACCCCUGCAUCGGUAGCCACGCCUCCAGCUGCUACCAAUGAAUCAUCCACACCACCAAAUGCGUUUGCAUCUGCAACUGCACCAGCUCCUACCACUACCAAUACUGAACCCCCGAAGAGUCUCCCCGACGACCUGAACGGAAACGAAUAUGUCGGCAGCCCCAUGAAGAAGGCACGCGCCAGUGUUUCUACAGCUGAUGAGGACGGCCUACGAAAGAGGCUUGGAUCAAAUUUAUCCAACAAUAUCAGUGAAGUACUGAAUACCGAGAAAUCAGCUCCUUCCGUUAGUACUACAUUCGGAACAACUGGGAGCCAUUUCGGCGGCAACGUAAACAACACCAACAUAACUGCAGCGUCUCCACCGCAGAGUAAUAAUACUCAACAACCUCCGCAACACGAAGACGAGGAACUCUAACCACACCAAUCUUUCCUCCCUCUUCGGAUUUCGCUUACCUUCAACCCAUUCGCUAUUCCUUUUUCUUUCAAGAACUUUCUUCGCUACGUGCUCUCGUCCUGCAUGAGCUCAUUACUUGACUUUUAUUCUAAUAUAGGUGUCUUGCAAGAUACCUUGAUUCUCUUCCAACUCAGGAUAUCCCUGAGGUUUGAGUUGUGUUGGGGUUAUUCUUUUCUCAUCCGUAUCUCAUUGCAUUGCCCUUAUUUUGUGGUUCCGUAUCAUUUGAGAUGAGAGCGAACCAUUAUCAUGUGGAUGGUGUUGUGGCUACAUUUCGUGGUUUGUAUGCUACUGUAGAGACAGAUACAGGGUCGGGCAGAGAGGAGAUGAAUGAACCCACUUGCUUUAAAUUGUCUUGCAUAUCGCCAUAAAG